CUGUUGAAACCGGCCUAUUGCUGAGCUGUACAUCCAGCACAGGAAGGAAACGAACACGGACACCGAGAUAGGAAGCUUCGGGAACUGAAUCUCAUACAACGGGCUGUCCUGUGAAUGACAGAGGACUGACAGUGAAUCUAUCUUGAGUUUCCAUGGCUACCUACUUGGAGUUUAUUCAACAGAAUGAAGAGCGAGAUGGUGUCCGUUUUAGUUGGAACGUGUGGCCUUCUAGCCGAUUGGAAGCCACAAGGAUGGUGGUGCCUUUGGGCUGCCUUUUUACUCCACUGAAAGAGCGUCCCGACCUCCCACCUGUACAGUAUGAGCCAGUACUUUGCACAAGGCCAACAUGUAAAGCUGUUCUUAAUCCACUUUGUCAAGUUGAUUACAGAGCCAAACUCUGGGCAUGUAACUUCUGCUUUCAACGAAAUCAGUUCCCACCUACAUAUUCUGGAAUAUCAGAAGUGAAUCAACCUGCAGAACUAAUGCCUCAGUUUUCAACUAUUGAAUACAUUGUUCAGAGAGGGCCUCAAACGCCACUGAUCUUUCUCUAUGUGGUGGAUACUUGUCUAGAAGAGGAAGAUCUACAGGCUCUCAAGGAAUCAUUACAAAUGUCUCUCAGUUUACUGCCGCCAGAUGCCCUGGUUGGGCUUAUCACUUUUGGCAGAAUGGUGCAAGUACACGAGCUUAGCUGCGAUGGGAUCUCUAAGAGCUAUGUUUUCAGAGGGACCAAAGAUCUGACUGCAAAGCAAAUACAGGAUAUGUUGGGCCUUUCAAAGCCUGCAGCCUCAGCUCCGCAGGGCAGGCCACUGCAACCACAGGAGCAGCCUUCCUUGUCGAGCCGGUUUCUCCAACCUGUCCACAAGAUUGAUAUGAAUUUAACAGAUCUACUUGGGGAAUUACAACGUGACCCCUGGCCUGUGACUCAAGGGAAAAGACCACUUAGAUCUACUGGUGUAGCCUUGUCUAUUGCUGUGGGAUUAUUGGAGGGAACACUUCCAAAUACUGGGGCCAGAAUAAUGCUGUUUACAGGUGGGCCUCCAACACAAGGGCCCGGCAUGGUCGUGGGAGAUGAACUUAAAACACCAAUUCGCUCCUGGCACGACAUAGAAAAGGACAAUGCACGUCUCAUGAAGAAAGCUACUAAGCACUAUGAAGGUUUGGCCAAUCGCAGUGCAGCCAAUGGACAUUGUAUAGAUAUUUAUGCUUGUGCCCUGGAUCAGACUGGACUUUUGGAGAUGAAGUGUUGUUCAAAUCUUACUGGAGGUCAGAUUGUGAUUGGUGAUUCAUUCAACACAUCAUUGUUUAAGCAAACAUUUCAGAGAGUGUUUAGCAAAGACCUGAAUGGUGAAUUUAAAAUGGCUUUUGGGGCAAAUCUUGAGGUCAAGACUUCCAGAGAGCUCAAAAUUUCGGGAGCUAUUGGACCAUGUGUUUCCUUAAAUGUUAAAGGGCCCUGCAUUUCUGAAAAUGAAUUGGGCAUUGGUGGAACAUGUCAGUGGAAAAUAUGCAGUUUGGAUCCCAGUACAACUCUUGCAGUUUAUUUUGAAGUUGUAAACCAGCACAAUGCACCGAUUCCUCAAGGUGGCCGUGGAGCUGUGCAGUUUGUCACCCAGUACCAACACUCAAGCACGCAAAAACGAAUUAGAGUCACUACAAUUGCUAGGAACUGGGCAGAUGCUCAGAGCCAGAUACAACAUAUUGAGGCAGCCUUUGAUCAAGAAGCAGCAGCUGUGCUGAUGGCACGGUUGGGGGUGUACCGUGCAGAGACUGAAGAGGGGCCAGAUGUUCUCAGGUGGUUGGAUAGACAGCUUAUUAGACUUUGCCAGAAAUUUGGACAGUACAACAAAGAUGACCCGACUUCUUUCCGGCUGUCAGAUUCCUUUUCUCUUUAUCCACAGUUCAUGUUCCAUUUGAGAAGAUCACCUUUCCUGCAAGUGUUUAAUAACAGCCCUGAUGAAUCCUCAUAUUACCGUCAUCAUUUUGCCAGACAAGACCUAACUCAAUCUCUUAUCAUGAUCCAGCCAAUUCUUUACUCUUAUUCUUUCUAUGGACCACCAGAGCCUGUUCUUUUAGACAGCAGCAGCAUUUUACCCGAUAGGAUCCUGCUAAUGGACACCUUUUUCCAGAUUGUAAUUUAUCUGGGUGAGACAAUUGCACAGUGGAGGAAUGCUGGUUAUCAGGACAUGCCCGAAUAUGAGAACUUCAAACAUCUUCUGCAAGCACCAUUAGAUGAUGCCCAAGAAAUCUUACAAAGCAGAUUCCCAAUGCCACGCUAUGUCCACACAGAACAUGGAGGCAGUCAAGCCAGAUUUCUUCUCUCCAAAGUAAAUCCAUCACAGACGCACAACAAUCUGUACAACUGGGGACAGGAAUCCGGAGCACCAAUCCUAACAGAUGAUGUCAGUCUACAAGUCUUCAUGGAUCACUUAAAAAAGCUGGCAGUGUCUACUGCAUCCUAAUUUUAGUUAUGGAAAAAACGUUUCAGCUGCGGGCAACAAGAUCUUACAAAUAUGAUGAUUUUAGAAAAAGAAAACAUUCCCUCACGUUGUUUCAAGGAAUUAAUCAACAUUUUUAGUUAAAACCAAAAUGAAAAAUGAAGUUGAAAAAUUUCUGUCUAGGUUUUUUUUUUUUUUUUGUAGGUCCUAAUUUAUUGUAUUUUUGUUGUUAUACAGACAUAAUGUCCGUUUCACAAUAAUAAUAAUGGCUGUAAAUAUCCCCACACUGCAUUUGUUAAUUUUACAUUUCUCUGUGUAUAAGCUAACCAAAUUUGUAGUAAUUUCUCAAAAAAGUUGUAUGGUGUGUGAUGCAAUAAAUGUGAAAGGUUGAGACAGUGAAAGAA